CGGCACGUUUAUCAGUGAGCUGGCAGAAAAUUGGUACCUAUUCUACAGCGUAGUCCGUAGCCGUCAUCCUCGUUCGGUAGGUACCCGCAAAUAAAUCUAUAGACCGAACGAGCGUAUUGCUCGAGCGGCUUACUCUCGAAAAAUAUAAUUUCUCGUUUUUCGACACAUUUUGUUGUUAUUUUUGUUGCGGACAGUACAAUAAUAUCGUAACACGCAGACAUACAGAUAACAUACCAACUUGUGCCACAUUCGGUUCUCGAAUUUCACUCGCUAACCCGUAUACGUCGUAGUAUCGCAAACGUCGUCUUAAAACGCUAUCGGUUUUCAAUGCGUUAUCAAUAGUUAUCAGCAAUAUGUUUUUUUCCCCGACGAAAUCAAUCGUCCGAUAAAACGUAAUACACGCGUUAAACUUGACGGGUGAGAAAAAAAAAACGGUAUAUUGAUAAUAAUAUUUUCCGUAGACAACCAGUGUGUGUGUGAUCAAUCACUCUGUAUACACAUACGUGAUAUUGCGACCAACGCGACGGACGGCCGCUCGUCAACGACAGCUGAUUUUAAUCUUUUUUUUACGCGGACACGAUCGCGUGGUGUCGGCCUCCUCGCAUACUUUAUUCAAUUAACUCCGUUCGGAGUUUAUAGACGAAAAUAUGUAUAAUAAUAACAAUAACAAACGAUAACGACGUGUUAUUUCGAACGUGGUCUUUAGAAUUGGGUAAAAAAAAAAAACACCGACACCGCGUCGUCCGACCGCAUGUAUAUUGUCUGAACAUUUUUACUCGGUGAGAUUCGAACGGGGAAAUAAUAAUAAAAAAAAAAAAAAAACUAAAACUUUUCAAAAUAUAAUACUACAAACGCCGCGCAAUUAGAACGCUUUUUAAACGAAAUAUUUUAUUGCAAUUGCGUGCAUAAAAUAUGCGCGCGUGUUAUCGUCAAAGUCAUUCAUGCGGAUCUGCGGCGCGUCGUACUUACGCGAAAAUAAUAAAACAACGAUAAUAAUAUUAUCUGAAUAGACACGUGUGAAAAAAAAAACGCUGAAUUAUUAUUAUUUCUUGUUUUUUGUGUGUGUGUGUGUGUGUGUGUGUGUGUAUUACCUAACUAGAAAAAAAAACACCAACAAAUCGCGCCGUUUCAGAUCAAGACCGUCGCGUGAGAUGAAAUUUGUCGCGGAAAAAACGAAUUUUCGAUUUUCGAACGUUUAUCGCUAUGUAAAUGUGUACGUUCAAUCGACGAAACGUACACACGUGAUGAUCGACGAAGUCAGCAGUGGUGUUUUUUUUCCGUUAGAAUUUUAUCAUCAAAUUUUGGCGAAAAUCGUAAAUAUCACGGUCUUUUAGUACACGCACAACCGCACUGCGCUCAGAAUGCUUUAUCGUUAGCAGCGAUUAAUCGUUGCGUACGGGCAUACAUUCAAUUUCCCCUUUACCUACCCGACUUCCCGCCUACAACAGUGGCUCACCCACCGUACCCACCAAAUGUCCGUUUGUUUUUUCAAUAUUGUAUUUUGUAUACAUUUUCAGAUACGCGAGUAUGUCAAUAAUAUACGUUUAUAUUUUCACUCUGUAUUAUGUUUUCGCUCAUAUUUUGAUUAGUUCGUUUUGUCUUUGCUUUCGGUCUUUCGCCCCAUAACCAUUUGUAAUAAUAUUAUACCGAGUGCUUUGCGAAAACUGUGUCGCUUUCCAGACAUAACCGACAGUUAAUAAUGACCGCGGUUUCGUCCCGUGCCGAACACCGAUAUCGAACAUGUCGGCACGCAGACGUUUGUUUAAUAUUAUUAUGGUUUUUUUUCAUUCGAUACGAUUUUUACGGUGCCCGGAGUCGUAUUAAUAUAAUACAAUACUUCAAUGUUGAAUAUCAUACGAUUACUGUAGACGGAUGCGUUUUUUUUUAUUUUUUUUUUUUUUACUAUGCUUUCGUUUGGUAGCCGUCAGACAGGAAACAACUAUAAUAAUAACGCUACGGCGGCGGUGGAAAAGGCCACACGAUCAAAGGUCACCCGUCUGUUUCGUAUAACAUUAUCAGCUCGCCGCGGUUAUCUGACCGCUUGUGCGUUAUACCAUUUUUAUAUAUUUACAACGCCACGUCGAAACGGUUCAGUAGGAAAUAUAAUACAAUAUUAUUGAAAACGUCCGUAGUUUUUUUUUUUUUUUUAGGUUCGUAUUGGUUUUACAAAGACGUUUUAAUUUUUUUUAAACUGUGAACAACUUUUCUAUCAUAAAUGUUGCUCCGAUUUUCGAGUUUAUCGCAUUUUUCGUAAGGAAUCGUACCGGGGCGGUAUUUUAGGAAGGUCGUUUUUUUGAUUUUCCGAGCGGUUUUCAUAGAAAUCGGGAAAACCGUAUGAAAAACGAGAAAACGUACGUACGCGUACGCAAAAAGCUUCGCUCCGAACCGUUUUUCCGUUAGCAAUAGUUGCGUACAGAUAUAAAUUAAAUUCCUCUCUACAUCCUACGUACGUCUUUUUUAGAGACAAAUUAGAAAAAAAAAACUAUUUUUUACCGACACCGAUUUUAUUUAUUAUAUUUUCGUGACGAGCCUGAUGCGCGUAUGUCUUUUCGUUUAACACGUUUUCAAUAACCUAAACCGGACAACCUGAAUACAAAUCACGAUUUAAAAACCAAAAGUUAAAAUAUUUCGAAAAUCAUACCACAUGUCAAUGUUAUUCGGGUUUUCACGAUUGUUAGAGAAAUCAGAUGACACGCUUUGGUACCGAAAAACGACCUCGCCGACGGCACCGACUUGAUGUACCCGCAACGAUAAACCAUUGCUAAGGAAAAACGAUCCUGGAAAACGAAAAUUGUAGAAAAAUAUUAUAAGUUUUCCCCGUUUAUUAGGCGAGGGGGAAGUAAAAAAAAAAUGUCUUCAAUGCGCCGCGGCUAGAUCGGGAAUGCUAUUAGAAACUUCCUAAAAACUUUUCGAUCGGAACAUGAUUUUUGGUAGAAAAGUCGUUUAUACGCACACAUAACGCAUCGCAGCAAAAUACAUAGCUUAUUAGUUUCACUUCUCAGAAUCUAACACUGUUAUGGCAACUGAAAUGUUCCGAGUUUUUCGCGCAUUGUCUUAAUACGCAGGCUUUUCACCCCGCGGUACUUAAUUUAAAAACAAAAGUCCUGUGUUUGCUUUUUCAGUUCUCUCGGAGAGUUAAGGAACACGUAUUAUUCUUCGCUUUGUAGGUACCGUACUUAUCGUAACAUAUUAUGCGGAUUUUUGAAUGUGUAGAAACGAACGUCUUAGAUAAAAAAGAAAAAGAAAAAGAACUGUAUAUUUUUAAUCUUCUCCCUCAUCCCCGUUCCCCUCAAAACCGUGCCGCUGACCGGUUGUACCGUGAAAAGUACGAACGGCCCGUUUUAGAUUCUCAGUGAAGCGAAGGAACUUAUGGUUUUAUAAUGAUUUUUAUUUAUUUUAUCCGUGAACAACUUUUCUACCAGAGAUUUGGCUCCGAUUUCCAAGUGUGGCACUUUUUCUGAAAAAAUGACUGGGGAGGUACAUUGGGGAGGUUAUUUUUCAAUUUUCCCAAUAAAUGGGAAGAAACACGGACAGGUACAAUAUUAAACGAAUGUUAUUAAAGAAAAUGUUUAAUGUAUCAACCGAACUCGGAAUCGUUUUAUCGUCGGCAAUGGUCAAUCGUUGCUUACUGUAGAUACGCAUUGAACUCUCGUCUACAUUUUACACACUUCCAACUUCCCAACUGCGCAGCAGCGGCCGCACCCGUCCUCACCAUUCUAGGACGACCGUUUUUUUCUUCCCGAUCUCUCUCGCGGCGUUUUCUGUUCCCGCGCAAAACGGUCCGCGCGGACGGCCGAUAGUCGCGGCGGUAGCGUUGGCGGCGGCGGCGGCGGCAGCGUUGGCGGCGGCGGCGGCCACAGCGGACCGUCGGGCGCGCGGGCGGCGCGGGUCGGUCGUUCUCAUCGUUUUAUCGAUCCGCCGCCGCCCGUCCGCCGGCCGCCCGACCGUCCGCCCGCCCGACGACCGUGACGAUCUUAUCGCCGUCGCUCGUCCGUUAUCAGUGGUCACGAGCCGAAAAAUCCACUGCAGCUGCGGAUCGGCCGCGGCGCGCCGCCGUUAACGUUGACAAUAAUAUUUCGUGCCGCCGUACCAAGUCGUUUCGCCGUCCGAUUGAUAACAACGGCCGCAACAACAACAACAACAGCGACAACAGCGACAACAGCGACAACAAUAUACCGAUUACCUAUAUACCAGCUACGCGGUCGAAUUGCCGCGGGCGCGAUGUACAGGAAACGGCCGCGUUCGCAACAAUAACACGCCGUGCAACUGGUCGGACGGGUCGGCGGACCGGCGGACCGGCGGCCGCCGCGCGAGACGGGAAAUUUAAAAUGUACGUUCCGGACGAACAGGAAUCGUAAUGAAGUAAUAGCAGGAAAAAUAAAUAAUAAUAAAAAAAAAAAAAACCAGCAUUUCGUAACGAGGCACGCGGAAACGGCGACGAGCGCAACACGAAAAAAAAAAAACCACGUCGACGUAUCGACCUGUUUUUUUUUUUUUUUUUUUUCCUAACGCGGUCGCGUAAGUGGGACGCCGCCAUCGACGUCGACGGCUACGGCUACGGCCACGGCGUUUUUACACGCGUUCGCUCGACGACCACGACCGUAACACCCGACGUCCGUCUUAUCAUCGUGCCCAGUGCAGUAUUAAUUUCCGCCGAGACGACAACGAUAUUAUUGUUAUUGUUAUUUAUCGCAACCGUAUUACCGCAGUCUGUUGUCCGCAACGACAAUAAUAACAACGCGAUAAUACGAUUUAACACGGAGUGCCGGCCGACGCGAUAGCGGUCAGCGUUUUUCUAUAAUUUUUAUUAUUGUUAUUAUUAUAUUUUUUUUCCCUCCGUCGUUUUAUUAUUAGGUGUAACUACGCGCGGCCCGUUGAUCCCGACGCCGUCAGCCGCCUGCACGCCGAGAUAAUAAACGAACAGUCGACGACGGCCGUAUACGCGAUCGUAACGUAUUUUCGCGCGAUUUCAGUGCCGUUCGCGUUCUCUCUGUUCUCUUUUUGUUAUUCGUUCGGUCGACCGCAACCACGAACAACAAAAACAUGUCUUCAACGCCAACCACGAACAGCCUGCUCGAAAAGCUCGGUCUGCUGCUGGUCGCCGUGGUCGUGUUGCGCGUCACCCGGACCGCCUUGCGACUCUUCUACCGACACGUGCUCGGGCCGUCGGCACUGUGCCGGGGCACCGUCGACUUCGCGAAAUGCGGCAGAUGGGCCGGUGAGUACCAAUCAUUUAUACUCGACGAUGGUAACGAUGUUAUCGUUGUUGGUGAUGCGUUAGUCGUUACGAUAACGUACGCGCGUACACAGAGUCGGGCGAGCGUUUUGAGAGGUUUGGUUUUUUUAUUUUUUUUUUUCUGUACAUACCGAACCGAGUCGAGUAUUGGCGUUUGAUAAUCGCGUACAGAGGCACUCGACAGUUCCACGGUAGCGACGUGUGUACCGGACGGGCGGUUACCACGUCGGUACGUGACAUACGCAUUGUCACGUGCCUUCGACCGAGGACGCGUGUGCCCAUCGCUCGCGGGUACGCGCGUCGUCGUUAUACCAAAACGCACAAAAAUUAUGACAACCAUGGGUCCGCGUGUUCCUCGACAGCUUCGAUUGUCAUCGGUCGGAUGAAACACCCGACUUGGACAUCCGAUUGAAAGUUUAGGCACCACAGCGAUGUACCUAGCGAAACGCGGAGUGUCUAAAUAAUUACACCGUACGGUUUUCGUGUUAAAUUAUAACGUAAAUACAUAUUAUCGACGCCGUGUGCGUCUCCAAUUAUAUUUAAUCGCGAGUGAUUUUUCGCGUGACGGCAUGUUGAAUAGAUUACAAUUAUCGUUAUAAUAAACGAUUCCGAGGCCGAACAAAAAAAUUUAAAAAGAUUAAAAUAAACGGGGUGGGGGGCGGGGGGUGGUUAAACGAUACGGUCAAAUGGCGAUAACGUCACAUAAUUAUGAUAACAAAUUUCCAUCGUCUUGCGCGCAAUCGAAUUUGUCGAUUGCCAAUCCUAUCCGUCACGAAACAAUCUGAUUAUACUGCAGGGUAGGUAAUAUACGCGUAUAAAACGUAUAAAACUUUAUAACAACUCUAAGACAUUAUUAUUAUUAUUUUUUUUUUUAAGUUUGUCAUAAUAAUGAUAACACCGUAGAUUUUUAAUUUUAACGAGUAUUUAAACAAGUAAAAUUAUAUAAAAACAAUUAACAAAUCACAUCAACUUGGUGAAUUUUCUUAAUAUUAGAACGAAAUAAAAACAAAACAAAUUAUUUGUUGGUAUUAUAAAUAUUAAUGCAAUUAUUAAUAAAGAAUAAAUAUGAACUUAGUAAUUAAUAUAAGUAAAUCAAUUAGGAUGUAUAAAAUUAUGAUUAAAUUAUUCAAUUGACAAUUAUUUUAUCUGAUAAUUUCUGUUCAACUGCAGUCAAAAAAAAAAAAAAAAAAUUAUACACAGUAUAAAACGUAUACCUAUACAACUAAUAGUUUUAUACCGUACGUUUUAUAUGUUUUCUACUUACGUAUUUUGUAUAAUAGUGUUUUAUACUUUACUGUAAUAUACGUUCCAACCCUGGGUUAUAGUAAUCGGACUAAUAGAAUUUAACGAGGAACAGCGGAAUCCGUUCGGAUUGUUCGUCCGAUUGAUAAUAAUCGAGGUCGACAAGGAACACACGGUAUUUAUCGUGGGGGGAGGGGGGAAUAUACGGGUUUGAAAACAUUUUAAAAUCAGUUUAUACAUUUAUUUAUUGUGGAAAAAAAAAACGGUAGAGUACUCAAGUAAAAUCGAAUAUUCGAACUCGACUCGAGGAUCGUUCCAAACUCGCCUGACUCUGAAGUUGAUCGCUUCGCCGACGGCCGUGCAAUAUGUACAGGUGCGCGCGACACCUCCCCCCUCAUCCGUAGGUUGACGUACACUAGAAGUCUGGAACACUGCACUAGGUUUUCGAUAUCCGCGAAUAGUGAUUCCAUAAUUUUAUUCAUAUUAUUUUUACAUUCGGUUGAUAUUAUCAAAUAUUAACAUACUCGGUAAUCAGUGUAAUAAUAAAACCGAACACUUCACACCCCACAGUAGUUGAACACUCCGUGCACCUAGCCUUAGGGUGCUAACCUCGGUGUUUAGUGUCCAAACUUGAAAUCCAUCCAAAAUGUUGUCCCCAGCUUUCAUCCUUUUUGCUCCCACCACCCCCUCCCCCCCGGAACGAUCGAAAUUCAACACGAUUACCAAUGGCAGACACUCGCUCGGAUAGUAAUUGACGAAAUAAUACCUAGUUGAAGUUUCAAGACUUCUGUUGUGCGUACGCGUCCUUUUCAAACUCGGCCCGCCGAAAUUCGACGUAAUCCACGGCUUUACAGAACCUGACCAUGACCGUCGGCGAAGUUAUAAUUAUAUUGUUAUUUACUAAUCGUACAAAAAAAAAAAAAAAAAAUUAAAACAAUAACUAUAUUAUUGUAGUUAUAAUGCGUUCGUGUAACGAGCUAUACAAAUUUCAGGCCGUAGUACACCGUGAGUUAUAAUAUUGUGUUGGAACUAAACACAGUGAAAGGUUUGAAAACAAAAAUAAAAUCACCUUUUGGUACGUUUUCACCGUAGAUUUUAAUAAUUUAAGUACAUUUACAUUAUAGUACGAGUUGAUAUCUACUCCUUAUCAAGCAGAGCUUGUGUCGGGAGGAGAGAGUCAAUUGCAACAAAUUAUACAUUACAAAUUACAAUAUACAUUAUAACUUAUAAGAUAAUCGGUUCGACAGGAUAUACAAUAUAAGAAACAGUAAUAAUAACAAUCACAAUCACAAUAGUGUAACCUUAAUAAUAAAAAGUAGAAUGAGACAUCAAUCAAACAAUCGCGUGUAUCGAUUUUUUACCCUAUACAGUUAAAAUGUAACAUUACUUUCAAUUAGAUUAAUAUCCGUGGGUACAUAGUUGGUUAAAUACUCUAACAUGUCUAUUAAUAAUACGAUAGUUAAUGUUUUAUCAGGUUUAACUAACCUUAAAUUACCACAAUAGUCUCUCACAUUGUUUUGUAAAUUAUAUUACUAUUGGUCUCAAAUUCUAUUCUAAUCGUUUGUAUUUAUUAUCUAAUAUAUAACUGAUCAAUAAAUAAAUAAAUCAUUUGUAUUCCGAUUUACGUACAUUAAAGUGUAUAUGCGUUUAAUAAGUGUAUAAUACCGUUGUUCCGUCGCCGCAAAUACAUUCAUCCGGUUCAGAUGCAUUUUGUACGGCAGCGCCGGUAACAGCGUCCGGUCGUUUGCGGUCGUCACUGUGACCGUCCUGUGGGUACACGCACGCACACACACGGCAAUAUGAUGACCGUUUCACAGUGGUCCAGUGGCGUGUUAGGGUUCAGCCUGCCUUAAAACGAUCGUUGAAAUCAAACAACUGGGUAGUUUGGCAAUUUAUGACAAUUUUCAGAUACAUACCGGCUCCUUCACAUUGUAUACGGAUGAUAGGUAUCGGUUUAAACGAGAAACCGUAUACGUAUUAUAUUACUCUGUACCGGACGAUCCAUUUAAAUGGGUACACUCGUUAUCGCGGAAAGUAUUAACUUUUUCCGGAAUUUGUUUUCUGGAACAUCUAAGAACCAAGCUAGACAGCUGGAGCAGCUUAUAUUUCAGUUAUUUUUUGUCGCCCUUAUUUUUGAGAGUAAAACCACUAUACCCACUUCUGAUUUUCAAACGGCAACCUGUAUUAAAAAUUCCACUAAUGCACGGAGUAUUAAUUAAAAUACAUUUUACUGUUGAAAUUUUGGAUUUCCGCCAAUCCGUUGACGAAAUAUUUCACUUUUAAAUUUGGGUUGGAGGAGAGUAGUGGUGGUACGUUAUUAACACGCCGCGCGCCGUACCGUCACACAAAUGAUACUCCACUAUUCUCCUCCAACCCAAACUUAAAAAUGGAAUAUCUCGUCAACGGAUUGACGGAAAUCAAAAAUAUAAACAUAAAACUGUAUUUAAUCUAAUGUUUCAUCUAUUUGUGGAAUAUUUUUUAUACAGUUUGCCAUUUGAUAAUUAAAAGUAGGUACUUAGCGGUUUUACCCCCAAAAAUAAGGGUGACAAAAAAUAACAUAAAUAUAAAAUUAUAGAGCAGCUUGUUACUUAAAUGUCCGAGAAAACAAAUUCCGGAAAAAGUUAAUACUAUCCGAGAUAAUGAGUGUACCUACUUAAAUGGAUUGCCUGGUAUAUACUACUUGGCAUGUAAGAGAAUAAGUAGAACAAUUCUUGACAAGUAAACAAUUUGAAUUCACAUAAUCGGUAGUCAACAAAACGAUGGAAAUUAAAAACCGGCCAAGGAAAGAGACGCGUCUUCCUAAUCUCCCCCUCUUCGAUACGCCUAUGCGAUGGUCAUAUUCGGUGUUGGGUUGUCUAAAUGAAAUCCUAGAAAAUACGAUCUCGCGCGUUUAUUUUCCAUUUGUCGAAAACUAAUAUACCAUUUUGUCUUCUUGAUAUUGUUCUGCAAUAAAUACACCGAUAUAGACACCCGGUACAUAGCUAUUAUUAUAAUGUCACCGUUCCUAAAAAGUGUUUUGUUUUAUUUUUUCUAAUCGCUCUGACACGUAUAAUAUGGUAAUUAACAAAAGUACACCAUGUUACCUAUUAUGUUUUGUACUGUAUAUGUAAAUCGAUUUUGUCGUAUUAUUCGAAAACAGAUAUUUAAACGUUUUAAAUACAUCUACUCGUAGUGCAAUAACUUUAGUGUUGUUUUAAAUAUUUCAGAAAGUGUUUUGAUACCGAAUUAGGCGGGUGUUAUUUGGACGAUGUAUUAUCUCUGUAUUAUGUAUACAUAUAUUCUUCGUGUCGUUAUUUUUUAUGUUAUCUAGAUUCUACGACAACUGAAAAUAAUCGUUUGUCUCCGUCUCGUAUGAAUCCUUAGUCGUUAUCUUUAUCGUUUAUCUGGCUAUAGAAAUAUUGGUUGUCUUUCUCAAUGCGGGUAAUACAAAUAUUAUAAUAUUGUGUUUGAAACGAUAUUGGGGAAAAAAAAAACUCAAACUGUGCACAUUUGUUUUUAUUUAGUCGUCACAAAUAAUAAUAAUAAAAAAAAAAAAUAUAUGUUUUUAACGUUCCUUUUAAAAUCUGACGGUUAUGUGUUUUUCAUAUUUGAAUUCAAUUUGUCUAAUUUGUUGUCAGUGAUAUCGAAAAAAGCUAUUCAUUCUUUUAGAUUCCGAGUGUAACGUUAGUUUUGUUUUUUCUCGGAUAAUAUUUUUUUGGUUAGUUAAAACACGCUACAUUGUUCAAGUUAUUUGUUAGAACAACAUGCAGUUUUAAAAAAAAAAUUUCAUUUGAAAAACGCUCGUAAAUGUCUAGAAGACCGACGGUUUUAUUUAAAAUUUAAAAAAAAAAAACCUGAUAACAAUAAUGACUUAUGUACGUCGGUUUUAUUCUCGGUUUUAUGUUCGUCGUAUGUUUCUGGGUUACCUUGGCUACAAUAAGGAGGAAUAAAUAUGACUAUAAAUAUACCGCGUACUAUAAUAAUAUUAUAACGACCUUGCUCGCAGUAUACCGCGAGAUCCGCUCAGAAUCGUUUGCUGAGCCCGAUGAUUUAUCGUUGCUUUAAAUUGUUUUAUAUUCGUAUACAAAUGCAGAAUAUUACCUAUGCCUCGAAUGAUAAUAUAAUAUCCGAUAUAUUCGUUCCUUCCCCGUCUAUACGACAGUGGUGCCUGUAUACAAAAUUGCCGUGUCGGUGCGAAGUACGUUCGGUUUCGCGUUAUUUCUCAAGACUAUCGGCUGCACGAAACGGGUUUUUAUUGCAACGUAUUAUAGUAACCGAUUUCGGUCAAUGUUUCCUCAGACCAGCCGGCGCACAGUGGCCCAGAAUAAAUUCAAAACGGGAUAAAAAUAAAUAAUUUGAUGUUCAAAGAAUAGUUUGUUAUUACACUAAAGACCGGAUUUAAUUGCAUUUAAAACACACAAAAAUCGCAUAUUAAAAUGAUAUAAUUGCACCAAAAAAUACGUAAAAAUUGCAUAAUAAAUUGCGCUGUAAAAAUGCAAAAGUUAUAUAAAAAAAACUAAAUAAAUGUUACUUUUUUUUUUUUCUUAAAAUUGAUAAUUAGAUACAUUCAUAAAUUAUUUUCAUAAAAAUUAAAUAUUCUAUUACUUCAGAUAGGUUUGUACAGAGAAAAACUACGUUCUACGUCUACACUAGUUGUUGGUGCAUAUUUAAAACGAUUUUAUAAAAAUAGCUUUGUACCUCCUAAAUUAACAUUUGCUUUACCCGACAUGACCUCAUAGUAAGAAUUUAAAGUUGUAUACUCUUCAUUUUCUUCAAUUACAUAUAUGCAUUUUUCGUUAGUUUAACGCAGUCGUUUUUAUUACCGGUCAGUCUCGGCAUGACGUAUUCAAUGAUAUCGAUAUGUAUAUACAAUAUAGUAUUAAUAGCUCGUCACCGCGUCAUCUUUAUAAUACGAAGUUUUUUUCUCUCUUUUAUCGCGUCGAUAAUUAUUAUUAUUACGUGUCGGGACGUGUGCUAAGCGUACGCACUGAAAAACAACAGCUGAAUACGUAUACGGAAAAUUGAAAACGAAAAUAAUAUCACGCUUUAUGAUAACAUUAUAUGUGCAUAUAAUAUUCCAAGCGUGUUACCGGACUCCGCUCAGAAUCGUUUUUCCAUAAGCAGUGAUUAAUCGUUGCGCACGGAUACGCAUUAAAUUCCCCUCCUUACGUUAUCCUACCCUCUCAAAUUCUCACAGACAACGGUCGCCUACCCACUGUGCGAAGUAUGUUCGUCUUUUUUUACAGUUUUUUUUUUUUUUUUUUUGUCUGCCGCACACAUUCUAGUGUCGUUCAGGUAGGUAUCACUACUCGUGAUACUCGUAUACGUGCGACCCGAUUCGAUGCACCGAACGGCGAAACGAAUAUUCUAUAGAUCGGCGGCGAGGCGAAUAUUAUUAUUGUUCGGUCUAUAUAAUAAUACAAUAUAAUAGCACGUUACUCAAUGUACCCGGGUAUGGCAUUAUCAUUGCCGUUUUCCGGUUUGCGGGUCGCCGUUUUUUUUUGUCGUUGCAAAAAUUCCAAAAAAAAAAAAAAAAGAAAUGUGUGAAAAAUAAGACAUUCAGUGUUCGAUCGUCAUGCGUAUUACCUACGCCGGGUUUACACUAGGACAGUGUAACUCGGCCGAUUACCGACAUUGACCGAUUCGGCGUCUAUACGCGUUGUUUUAUCUUCGUAAUUUAUUUUCGUCGGGCCGAGCGGCGCUACCCCCCCACUACUGUAAGACCGGGGACGUUCAAAUAGGGGGUAAGGGGUUGAUACGCCUUUACCCCCUCCCCCUCCCCGUGAACAUUUUCGGACGAUUCGCGGCGUUCGGGUACGGGAGCCUCAAAAUUUCAAAACCUGCACAAGACACUUUCUUCGUAUUUUCAUAUUAUAUCACCUAUGUAUUUACGUCUAAAGAGAAAAAAAUCACCCCUUUCCACCCCAAGACAUAACCAUUUGACCGCCGCUGACCAAGUAUAAACCGAAUUCGGCCCGGUUAAACCGCCGGAUAAGUAGCGAGUAGUGCUGUGUAUAGUUUAGACACGCCGAGUAAUAAAGAACAUCUUGAUGGCGGGAACAGGCCCGUAUAGCUAGGGUACACACGAUAGUCGUGCGUUACUAUAGGGUGGCAAACAGUUUUAAAGAAAUUGAAGAGGCGAAAUGAAAUUGAUUGCAGUCGAGAAAGACAGCAAUGAAAUUUUCACUAUAGGGCGGCAAAUAUCUCGCGACGGGCCUGCGUGGGCGCGACCACUCGACCCAGUGAACGAGGACGGUUUCUAUUCACUCGUUCGCCCGCGUUUAACUUUGUCGCACUGCAAUUUUUAAUGUUCCAGUAGAAACACGUUUCCGAAAUUCUAAUGCAGAAGGACAAUAUUGUUAUAUUUCAAACUGUUUUCAGACUCUCCCCCGACCCAAAUAUAAAAAUGGGGAAUUAGCGGACAGACGGACAUAAUGCAUACACGUAGAUAUUGAUUACGAACAAAUUGUACAGUUUAUAAUUUUAUAAGCGGAACGCAUAACCAUAUAAACAUAAGGUUUAUCUCGGUUUCGGAAUAAUAUUUCCAUCCGUUCCUCCAUAACUGGUCGAUCUAUCGGUACAUUUUUCUAUGGGCCGCCGUAAAAUCCAUGUAGCCAAACCAUUUAAUCGAUCUCAUCCACAAUGAUACCUACCUAUUUAGUUAUUGCAGGUACGCAGUCGUAGUUAUCAACGACCUCGUAUUCCGAGAGUAGUUUUUAACAGCGCAUCUUCGUAAAAAUACGACCGUACUGACGACGCAUCGUCCGUGUCGGUUUUUCUGUUCGAUAUUUUUUAGACUUUUCAGAGCAAUACGCUAUGAUUUUUGAACGGUACCGAUAAUAAUAAUUAUGGUUCACGCGUCUCGUUUUUAAAACGCAGACUCGGCCGGCGUCACAUUAUUAUCGUAAGGUUAUUGUCAACGAUAGAAAUAUAUGCCAAUAUCCGUUCUGUUGCUGUUAAAACCAACGGCGCGAAAUCGGUUCUUAUAUGCCGAGCGGACAUACGUAAAAUAUUAUUCCGAUAACAUCCGAUUUUCAACAUUAGCCGACGUACCGUAAUGUUAUUAUUUCAUCUACCGAGUAAGAGCAAUUACAACAUUAUAAUGUUUAACAUCCUUCGUAUAUUGCACAGCAACGUAUAAUACGAACGUUUUCAAUUCUGUAACGUUGUGACGACGUUUCUACGUACAAUUAAUAAUAUUGUACACCAUUAAAAUAAUAUGAUACGAUAAUUUACGUGUUUAUAUGAUAAUAUUGCAGAUGUACGCGUGAUUAAUCGCGUUUAGAUUUACAUAUAUAUAUAUAUUUAUUUUUUAAUGUUACAAUGUCGGCGAUAAGACCGACGGGAGAGUGAAAAUAAUUGUAAAAAAAAAAAAUCAUGUACAUUGCCGUUUUAUAGUCGUCGUCGUUAGAUAAUAUUAUUAUAUUUUUAACUCUGAUAUCGAACUCCUAUAUUGUAAUGCUGACAUUUUUAACACGGAUUAUAAUAUUAUACGCCGUUUUAUUACAAGUUACAAUUAUAUCGAUUACAUAAAAUACGAUAAAUCAAUCCGCCGCCGUUGUUCUGUUUUUGACAAUAUUGUUUUAGAUUGGGAGCGUAGAGAGGGAGCUAUUGGUAUUACAAAGAUGUUUGGUCAUUUGUUUCUUUGUUUCUUUGUUUCUUCGUUCUAGUCUGUGGAUGCGUUUUUUCCUAGUAAAUUUGCUCCGAUUUUUACGUGUAGCAAUUUUUUUGAAAGCUUAAGUCGUCUAGAUUGUACUUUAAACCGGUCAUUUGUUUUUUUUUGAUUUUCGAAGGCCAUUUUUUAAAUAAAAGCACUCAAGUGGGGGAAAAAAACGUAGGAAAACGUGAAAUUUCACGAUAUCAUUAUUUUAUAAAAACACGGACGACGUUUUCUACCGGAGAAAAUGGUUUAAUCGAAAAUUCACGAGACACAUUUUUUGUUGAAUUUUUUACUUCCUUACGGUAUCAUCGACAAACAUUUUUAGUCACUUUUGAGUUCUUAAGGAAUUUUAAUUUUUGGUAGUUUUUUGUUGUAAUUCGGUUAUACACGUAGAGACUUGAAACUUGGUAAUAAUACUUAUACUGGACUUACCUAGACGAGGUAAAAAUAUCCAAAAUUAUUGGACGACUAUUUUUUUUUUUUUUAAUAAGCGUUUUGAAAUUAAAUUUAAACAAAAGUCGAAAAAAAAAUUACGGCACUUUAAAUUGUGGAUUACCGAACUGCGCUCGGAAUCGUCUUUCGUCAAGCAAUGGUUUAUCGUUGAUUAUAGAUAAAAAUUAAAUAACCUUAUGUAUCCUAUCUUCCCGACUUUUCACCUACAACAGCGGCUCCCAUACCCAGUAUCAGCUGUUUUUUUUUUUUUAUAUAUCUCUUUUUGUUAUUAAAGUAAUACAAUUCCAUCGUAAUAACAGCUCGUAUAAUGUACAUAGUAUUUUGUCUUAAAAUUAUAUUAUUGACGUUCAACGUUUGAGUGUAUCGAACGGCACUGAAAUAUAACAUUUCAAUCGCUGCGAAUUAUUUUUUUUUGUUGAUAUAUCAACUAUAUUACACGUAUAUAGGCAUCAACACAUUAAAUUGUGGAUUUUUUUUUUUUUUUACUAAAAAUUAAAGAAAUUCGAAAUUAAAAACACGUUUCGCAUAAAUAAUGGAUACAAAAAAAAAAGUCCUUGGGGGAGAUUUUAAUAUGUCUCCCUGGCGCCCCUGAUUAUAUUGUUACGUCAACUUGUCGGUGCUAUCGAACUGUCAAAAUAAUUAUACACGAUUCUCACGGCCGCGUCUCGACGUCACGAUGACGUGAUAUUUUAAAUUUAUAGAGAGUAAAACAAUAUUGUUUUAACCGUAAUUGACUAUAGAUGCGACAGCAGUAAUAUUAUAAUGACGAAUUCGACAACAUUGAAAUUGAUUUUCAAAUAAAAUUAGCUUGUGCCUACUAUAUACAUUACGGCAAUAUUUAUUCAUUGAAGUCAUUUUCACGAAUAUUAUUUGUCGCAUAAUACAUAACACACGAAAUAAACUAAUUUACGGAAACCGUUUUAUCCGGACAAGGACUGAAGGACUGCUCGCGACAAUGGCGUAUAGCUGGAAUGAAAUAUUCCGAGGUUGUUUUUAAUAUUGUGAUCUUCUCAUCCAUUUGAAAAAAAUAAAAUAAAAAGUCAAUUUCAUACGCGAUAAACCUAUGUUAUAUGUUUUAACGGUGCAGCAAACGGGCAUUUUAAUUUGGACGAUUAUAUAAAUGUGUGUCCACUCGGAUAUGGUACCCACAACAUUUAUUGUUCCGGCGAAAUGUUUUCCGCGUAGAAUACAAUAGAAAAUUACUGUUAUAAUAUUAUUAUUACGUACGAGUAUUACGACGAUAUUAUAAAAAUAUUAUGAAUGACGAGUUAAGGCGUAUGCGCAUAGGCAAUCCGUACGAUUUUGAAGUCGUAUUAAUUAUUAAUGUUGUUAGCCAUGCUGUUGUGCGUCGGGUUAGUCACGUUUCUAAAUUGGUACGCCCGUAUUUCGGACGACUGCAACAGCAGCUGCGGUCCACCGCCGCUCUACCGGUUGGGCGGUGCCGUAUCGAUCGAACCGUCGAAUCAGCGACUGCGACGUACCGGUCCCGCGCGCAGGGGUGAUGCGGAUGGGUGACGCGGAGGGUUAGGUGCAUAAAUACCCCGGCCGGACCCCGCCGACGUUCAUUCCGUCCACCGUGCGCAUGUCUUCCAGUUUUUGCGUCGUCUCUUCCGUGCCCGUGCACCGUCACCGCGCCGCUACCGUCUCCGUCCACGUCCUUGUCUACGUUCGAUCGAUCGACGCCCAGUUGUCGUAGUCGUAGUCGUUGGUCGCGUACAUCAGCAUUUCGAAAUUACAUUUUAAUUUCCCACGUCUUUUAUACUGUAUUGACGGAUAUUAUUUCGAACGAAAUAUUAUAUUUUUUCCGCCCGCUGCAUUAUCCCGUGCAUUUUUCGCGUAUCGUGUCCGUGCCGCGUUUACUACCGUAUUAAUCGUAUCGUUUCGCGUGUGCAUUCUACGGGCAAAAUAUCGUGACGCGAUGACUUCGUUCGAAGCAUACGAACUGGGCGCGAUUUCCUAUUCACGUAAAUCCAUCGGAGAGCAACACGGAAAAAAAAACGACGAUGACCCGAGCCAACGGGCCAUACGAGCCCACGCUCGUGGCCUGAAAUCUUACUUCAAUUCGAGUACGUUUCGAUCGCCGCGUCUGCACUUCGGCGAGACUGACGGCAAAGUCGAAAUAACCGGAACACCGUUUCAGUGACGUCGUACAGAUUUAUUUUGCAUCGCAGUAUCGGUAACAUUCAAGAUCUAUCGGGAAAUUUCCAGAGUUACACCGAUUUAAAUUUUUUUCCGUUUGAGUUACAAUAUUAUGGUUGUCAAUUAAUUUGUUUGGUGUUGUCUGCGUACAAUAAUAUGUGCAUAUUUGUGGACACGAUACGUCUCUGGAAUAUCACCUGAAUCGUCAUCUACAACCGACAGCGAUGAAUAAUCUACGUUUCCGUCUAUCUUUAUUGCCAAACACGCCGGCAGUACCUACAUCUGUGGAAAGCGACGAACAUCAGAUAAAAUGGUAUGUCAAUGCAUUUUUUUUAUCAUCGUUUUCACGCCUUAUACCUUUUUUGCCACCGAUGUAUUUUUAUAGUUCAAAACAGUAUAUAUUUUGUCAAAUUUUUUGUUGAUCGCCGCCGCCGCCGCCGCCGUUACCCCGUCCCCGUUCAGCGCUUGUAGUAGGUACCGUCACGAUCUAAUGGCUGUAACGCGAUGGUGGCGCCCCACGACGACGGUAGACGAAUGACCGUCGCGCGCAAAUGUGGCGCCCCAUAACGGCUCACGUCCAAACUACCGCUGCGCGAUGUUAGCGCCCCAAACGGCUUACGUCCAAACUACCGCUGCGCGAUGGUGGCGCACCAAGACGACUCUUGCCGAACGAACGUCACGCGAUGGUGGCGCACCAAGAAGACUUUUGCUGAACGAACUCCGCGCGAUGGUAGCGCCCCAAGAAGACUUUUGCUGAACGAACCCCGCGCGAUGAAAGCGCCCCAAGCGGCUUACGUCUAAACUACCGCUGCGCGAUGGAAGCGCCCCAAACGGCUUACAUCUAAACUACCGCUGCGCGAUGGAAGCGCCCCAAACGGCUUACGUCCAAACGACCGCUGCGCGAUGGUGGCGAACCAAGACGACUCUUGCCGAACGAACGCCGCGCGAUGGUGGCGCAUCAAGAUAACUUGCUGAACGACCUCAUGUAGCGCCCCGGGUGACACUAUGUACGGCGACCACGGUGUUCGACGGCAUAAUCUAUGCGUCUCUGACCGUCCGAAAGGUCGUAUUUUCCCGGUUGCUGUGUCUGGCCUUAGCUUGCGUGCCCGAUAACGCGUAUAAUUUGUGAUCGUUUCUCGCGAGUUAUAGUAUUCAGACGUCAAAUAGGUACGAUGUCGUUCGGUAGUGACGACUCGAAGAAGUUAAAUGACGACUCGAAGAAGUUAAGUGACGACUCGAAGAAGUUAAGUGACGACUCGAAGAAGUUAAGUGACGACGACCUUGGUCCAGCACCGCCGCUUGUGAGACCGACGAAACCGCCGUCCGACAAUCCUACGAUCGUGGACCUAUCAAGAACCAUGGAAUUGUCUACUAAUUUGUCUACAAGCAUAACGCCGUCUAAAAGACCACCGCCACCGCCGUCCCAAAGACCGUUGCCACCACUGCCGUCCAAAAGACCGUUGCCACCGCUGCCCAAAAGAUCGCAACCACUGCCGCCCGAAAGAUCGCAACCACCGCCACCCGAAAGAUCGCAACCACCGCCGCCCAAAAGAUCGCCACCACCGCUGCCCAAAAGAUCGCCACCACCGCUGCCCAAAAGAUCGCCACCACCGCCUUCUGAAAGACCACCACCACCGCCUUCUGAAAGACCACCACCACCGUCGAUUCCGCCCAGAAGAAUGAUGUUACAGAAUUAUGCGUUAACGUUGGCGCGUACUAUAAACGAGCCAUAUCCAUUGUUGUUAAAACAAAUCGGAAACCAGUCGCCGCCGGUUCCGUCAGUCACCACUUCAGCGAACCCUACAUUAGAGGAGCGAACGGUUGCACACAGUAAGAGCAGUUCGCCAAGGCCUCGACCGACGAAUUUGCCACUUUCGAACAUCGCUCGCCCACAUCAGAACAAACAAUCGAAGCCGGAAUGAACGUCACCGUCAAUGCAGCGUAAACCGUGAAUAUAAAUUUUAAUCACUAUUCCUGUAUAUAAUAAUAAAAUCACGUAAAAAAAAAAAAACUAAUUGAAAACUAUGUAGGUACUUAUAGAGAAUACGUUAGAUUAUCAUAGUAUUAGAUUAGAUUUACUGUAUUUCGAUUGCGUAUUAUGUUAAAAUUAGUAAUUAGUUGUUUAAGUAUUAGGAGCCCUGAAUCGAGAAAAUAAUUGGGAGAGGCAUGUUAUAAGUUAUAACUCUAGGAAAACUAUGUUUAGAGAGUCCAAGUAAAAAAGGGUUGAAGUUGAUUUUCUAUAGUUUUAAUUAUAAACAAAUUACAUUUUGAAAAUAUGCUAUUCACAACGAAAAAUAAUAGGAAAAAGACAAAAUACAAAUCAUAACACAAAAUUAUUAAAAAAAAAAAUCAAAUGUUUGCUGCCUUUUUUCCUUGGACCACAGAUAUAACGAUUGAGUAAAAAAAAUUGGUUUACAACUGUAAAUGUACAUAAACAUAAAUGUUAUCCAAAUGUAAGGCGACAUGUAUAAACUUAGCAGCUAUUAACGGUUAAAUUUCAUAAUUCAUUUUUCUGUAGACGUAUGAAAGGUAAUCAAGUUAUUGAUGUAGAUAAAAUGAGGAUACACUCCCAACAGCCAGAAAUACUAAUAACAACGAUUUUAAACUAUUAUAAUUAUCUUGUGUUUAUCAAAUGAUACGAAUUUUACACCAAAUUGCACUCCAAUCUACUUGGCGUUCAGUUUUUUUUUAUAAUAAAUAUGUAAUAAUCAGUCGUCAACUAUUUGAAUAUGUAACUAUUGUCCAUACGACUAUUAUAUAUCGUUAGUAAAUUUAUGAUUUUAUCUGGCUGUCCGUCCAUCAGACAAUAUGCACUCUGCCUCUCAAAGUAAUAAUAAUUUAUGAAAACAUUUUUCACUAAAAAAAGUUAGGAUUUGAUAAAAUAAAUUGCACGAUAUGUGAUUUUUGAAGAGCUGUAUACGAAAAUAUUGUAAUUAUUUAAGGUAUAAUUCUUGAUUCUUCUCCCCAAACUCUUCUUCUAAUCUCGUAAAAUAUUAUGUCAUAGUGACUGUUUGAAAUCCAGGAAUCUGUGUACCUAUUAAAUAUAAAAUACGCAAUUAAAAUAUAUAAUAUAGUUAAAAAAAGGUUUUAAAGUCACUCUUAUUCUCCAUCUCCAGAAUAAAUUACAGCACAGUAAGUAAAACGACAAACAUUUUUAGGUACCCUAUAUGAUUCACUAAACACGUAAAAAUGUAAAUAGAUAAAUGUAUUUAUUAUAGUACUCGGUAGGAAUUAGUGAUUUUGAAAGAAUUGACAACACCAGUGGGAGAAUGUACGUGUCAUUACACCUGUUAUAAAUUUUUCAUUUACACAAAUUAAUUGUGUGUAAGAGUGUUUUCUAAAUAAACGUUAUAAAUAAAAUAAGAAUUAAUAUAAAAAUUCCGUAUUGUAUACUGAAUAUCGGUUCAGAAAAUAAUGAUUAUUAUUAAAUGCACGAAAUGUCCCAAUCUUAUGCAGCGUUUUGCCAGAUUGACUGUGACGAGUAGAGAAUAAUUUAUAAGGAUGGUUUGCAUUGUUUUUAAGGACAAAAUCAUUAGGCUUGAAUUGUUGCCCUUGUUGUCAACUGCCCUAAACCAGAAGACACAGAAUGAUUCAAACUUUUCUUAUUCUUUUGCUCCCUUACUCCGUUUCUUAUUACACCAAGUAAAAAUUUUUCGAAUUGAAAGUUUAUGUCAACAUAAAAAUGCCUAUGAAAUAAAGAAUUAAAUUGACGAAUUCAAAGGACUUAAAAAUUCCAUUAUAGCAUUUUCGUUUCGCGGCAUGCAUGGAAUAUUAAAGUUUUAUACUCCUAAAGGAACAAAACCGAAAUAAUAAAUAUUUCCAGUUUUGCGGAUUAUAAUAAAAUGAUANGGCACGAAACCAGCUGCUGACCCAAUGUGUAAUAACCUCGUACCUUUCCUAGUUGGGUUCUGGGGGCCAGUAGAUAGACCUUCUAGGAAUGCCGUUCUACCCAAGUCACCGCCAGUAGGGUAAGACUCAUUGCAAAGACUAUAUUACCAACUCUUCAUUUAUACAAAUUAUUUGUGUGUAAGAGUGUUUCCUAAAUAAACGUUUUAAAUAAAUUAGGAAUUAAAACAAAAAUUCCGUAUCGUAUACUGAAUAUCGGUUCAGAAAAUAAUGAUUAUUAUUAAAUGCACGAAAUGUCCAAAUCUUAUGCAGCGUUUUGCCAGAUUGACUGUGACGAGUAGAGAAUAAUUUAUAAGGAUGGUUUGCAUUGUUUUUAAGGACAAAAUCAUUAGGCUUGAAUUGUUGCCCUUGUUGUCAACUGCCCUAAACCAGAAGACACAGAAUGAUUCAAACUUUUCUUAUUCUUUUGCUCCCUUACUCCGUUUCUUAUUACACCAAGUAAACAUUUUUCGAAUUGAAAGUUUAUGUCAACAUAAAAAUGCCUAUGAAAUAAAGAAUUAAAUUGACGAAUUCAAAGGACUUAAAAAUUCCAUUAUAGUAUUUUCGUUUCGCGGCAUGCAUGGAAUAUUAAAGUUUUAUACUCCUAAAGGAACAAAACCGAAAUAAUAAAUAGGCAUGCAUGGAAUAUUAAAGUUUUAUACUCCUAAAGGAACAAAACCGAAAUAAUAAAUAUUUCCAGUUUUGCGGAUUUUAAUAAAAUGAUAUCCGAAGUUUGCGAUAUUUUAUAUCGAUUUCCAUAAAACGAUGUCCACUGUCGUUGUCAUCAUUUUUGCAUACUUUUCGAACGAUAGUCUGACGGAAUCGGCGUUGUUUACGUAUGAAGUGUACACGGGAACAGUGUUGGCAUCGCCAAAAAUGUUCUCAAAUAUUCGUACGUUUUACAUGAAAGGUACAAUUAUGAGGGAUAUUCAGUUGCGUUUUGAUAGGGUGAACUUUAAAUCUACAUUUUGUCGUUCGGUCGUUUUUGAAUAUUUCUGUAUUUCUGAUACUUACCUGUGACGGCCAGUAGGGUAAGACUCAUUGCAAAGACUAUAUUACCAACUCUUCAUGUAUACAAAUUAUUUGUGUGUAAGAGUGUUUCCUAAAUAAACGUUUUAAAUAAAUUAGGAAUUAAAACAAAAAUUCCGUAUCGUAUACUGAAUAUCGGUUCAGAAAAUAAUGAUUAUUAUUAAAUGCACGAAAUGUCCAAAUCUUAUGCAGCGUUUUGCCAGAUUGACUGUGACGAGUAGAGAAUAAUUUAUAAGGAUGGUUUGCAUUGUUUUUAAGGACAAAAUCAUUAGGCUUGAAUUGUUGCCCUUGUUGUCAACUGCCCUAAACCAGAAGACACAGAAUGAUUCAAACUUUUCUUAUUCUUUUGCUCCCUUACUCCGUUUCUUAUUACACCAAGUAAACAUUUUUCGAAUUGAAAGUUUAUGUCAACAUAAAAAUGCCUAUGAAAUAAAGAAUUAAAUUGACGAAUUCAAAGGACUUAAAAAUUCCAUUAUAGUAUUUUCGUUUCGCGGCAUGCAUGGAAUAUUAAAGUUUUAUACUCCUAAAGGAACAAAACCGAAAUAAUAAAUAUUUCCAGUUUUGCGGAUUUUUUUAAAAUGAUAUCCGAAGUUUGCGAUAUUUUAUAUCGAUUUCCAUAAAACGAUGUCCACUGUCGUUGUCAUCAUUUUUGCAUACUUUUCGAACGAUAGUCUGACGGAAUCGGCGUUGUUUACGUAUGAAGUGUACACGGGAACAGUGUUGGCAUCGCCAAAAAUGUUCUCAAAUAUUCGUACGUUUUACAUGAAAGGUACAAUUAUGAGGGAUAUUCAGUUGCGUUUUGAUAGGGUGAACUUUAAAUCUACAUUUUGUCGUUCGGUCGUUUUUGAAUUACCAACUCUUCAUUUAUACAAAUUAUUUGUGUGUAAGAGUGUUUCCUAAAUAAACGUUUUAAAUAAAUUAGGAAUUAAAACAAAAAUUCCGUAUCGUAUACUGAAUAUCGGUUCAGAAAAUAAUGAUUAUUAUUAAAUGCACGAAAUGUCCCAAUCUUAUGCAGCGUUUUGCUAGAUUGACUGUGACGAGUAGAGAAUAAUUUAUAAGGAUGGUUUGCAUUGUUUUUAAGGACAAAAUCAUUAGGCUUGAAUUGUUGCCCUUGUUGUCAACUGCCCUAAACCAGAAGACACAGAAUGAUUCAAACUUUUCUUAUUCUUUUGCUCCCUUACUCCGUUUCUUAUUACACCAAGUAAAAAUUUUUCGAAUUGAAAGUUUAUGUCAACAUAAAAAUGCCUAUGAAAUAAAGAAUUAAAUUGACGAAUUCAAAGGACUUAAAAAUUCCAUUAUAGUAUUUUCGUUUCGCGGCAUGCAUGGAAUAUUAAAGUUUUAUACUCCUAAAGGAACAAAACCGAAAUAAUCAAUAUUUCCAGUUUUGCGGAUUUUAAUAAAAUGAUAUCCGAAGUUUGCGAUAUUUUAUAUCGAUUUCCAUAAAACGAUGUCCACUGUCGUUGUCAUCAUUUUUGCAUACUUUUCGAACGAUAGUCUGACGGAAUCGGCGUUGUUUACGUAAUUAUGUAUGCUUUGAAUCUAAAAAAAAAAAAUUAAUUAUAGUGUAUAAUAUAAAUAGUUUAUAUUAUACUCAUUACUUAGGUUUGAAACGUUGGACGAUUUCUAGGAUAUCAUUUUUGAUCAAUUAUGUAUGAUCGAUUUCUUCUCCUUUAGAAAUCAGUUAUUCACUAUGUCUGCCCUCUUCCAACUCAUUGUUGGAAUUUUUUCUUUUUUGACAGAGUGAUAUGGUGCUUUAUCUAAUACAAUCACAGCAUUAUCUUCCAAAAGAGGCAAUUUUCCCUCGAACCAUUCUUGAAAUGGUUGACCAUUCGUUUAGUCACGGUAAUCUUAUUUUUUUUUUUGGAUCCGAAACACAGAAAUCCACCUGGCACGAAACCAGCUGCUGACCCAAUGUGUAAUAACCUCGUACCUUUCCUAGUUGGGUUCUGGGGGCCAGUAGAUAGACCUUCUAGGAAUGCCGUUCUACCCGACGUAACGGUUGUGUCAAUCUGAGCCUUAUUCACACAAUCCGCGGUAUUAUACCAAGUUUCAUCUAGGUAAUAAAUGGGUCUACCUUCUUUUCGAAAACGAUGAAUUGAAAUUAAAUAUUGUCUUCUUUAAUCUACAAGAUCUCUCCUUUUUGUUAAUAUACUAUUUCUUUGGCGUUUUGUAAAUUUAAAAUUUAAGUUCUUCAGAACUUGCCUUAAAGAGGCUUUUAUCAAAUUUGGCAAUGUAUUGUCUUCGUUAAUAGUAGUUAAUACCUUCGCAACGGUCGGCAGUUCUUUAUUUAGCCAAAAUGAAUGCACCUUUCUACGGAUAGCGGCCUUAUCAAAAUCAUUAAUCUUAUCCACAACACCAGAUUUUUUUCUUCUGGUGGGUGAAGUCACAGUUUUCGAUUGCUUGUACUUAGAGACGGUUGUUUGCACCUUAUUUAAUCCAACUCCAAGUGUAUCGACAAUAUGCUUCAUUAAAUCACGAUAUUUAAUUGUCUCAUUUUCAGAUAUUAACUAUUUAUAAUAAUUAAUAAACAUUCGUUUCUGUGAACUGCUAACAGGCUGAAAAUAUAAACAUAUUGACUCAAAUUUACGUAUUUUAUAUUAAAAAAUGCAUUACGAUUAAAAUAUAGUAAACCUACUUCCACUUACUUUACCACAAGGAUUUUUCUUCAUUGGGGAAAUAAAUGUUGCAUUCUCCUUGUCAGAAAUAAAUCAAGAAACUCAAUUAAAUAAGCGCGUAUAGAGCACAAACAAAUAAGAACGGACGGGAAAAAAUCAAACGGUAGCGUACUGAGCAAAAUAAUACGAGCGCAUACAUUGUUCAGAACAGCGUAUUUCGAAUUAUAUAAUCAAAAAUCAUGGGGUUGAAUAAGAAGUUACUUAUAGUAAAAGUCCCUUAAAAAUCUUUUCAACUAUUUCAGAACUUGGCCCGGACGGACAGAUGGAUAUUUCAAUUUUAUUUAUAGGUAUAGAUAUUGUUAAUUUCCACAUUCGAUUAGUGAAAAGAGUACAACAUAAUAUAAACAAUAUUUUGAUAAAUUGAUAUAUUUAUAUUGAUUAAACCAACUUCAAAAAAAUGUAAAAGAAAGCAAAUAACAAAACAAAUGUGUGUUAAAUCGGCCACCGUGAUCAGUUGGCCGCGUACUCCAUGAACUCCAGUCCACGGAAAUAGCGCUGCUGACACGGUAUGCUGUAAAAUUUAGAUUGUCAUGUCCUCUCUAAUACCAUCGGGGAAACAGUAUAACAUGCCUUUUCUGAAAUAGAUAUAAGUUUGUUAUUACUCCGGUGGAUCACGUAGUCAAUCGGACACCCGCAGUGAGUUAUAGGUAUAAUUUUUAAUGUGUAUGAAUAGAAUUAAAGCUUAAGCGUAUUUGUUAAAAAAAAAAAAAAUUGUUAGGAAAAAAAAAUUAUAUUUUAUAGUAUACAUUAUGCAAGUAUAUUUAUUGUUUAUCUUAUUAUAACUCACGGGUCUACGCGGCCUGGAUUCCAAGCACGGGCCAUAAAGAAAAAAAAAAAUGACCAAUAACCGUCAGUUAAUGGAUAUUGUACGAUUAGUUUGUAACAAUGAACGCGUUCUAUUUUGAUGACGGCACGCCUAAAUUGAUAAAUGCCUUCCGCGCGGGUCGCGUUUGCAUGCGUAUUGUCUUAAAGCGGUGACGGGCGCCACGGACGGGCUGGGAAAAGCGUACGCCCGUCAGCUGGCCAGCCGGGGCAUGGACUUGGUGAUCAUCAGCCGGACACAAGCGAAGUUGGACGCGACCGCUGACGAGAUCCGGACCGAGUACCCGGGGCGCCAGGUCAAGUGCGUCAAGGCGGACUUUACCGACCCGGACACUGACGCGGUGUUCGGCCAUCUGACCCGCGAACUUCACGGGCUCGAGAUCGGCGUGUUGGUCAACAACGUAGGCAUGUCGUAUCCGUACCCAGAGUACUUCCUGAAAGCUACCGAAGACCGGGGCGACAAAGACACUGGGGCCGGAGGACAUGGACCCGCCAUGUUCGACAACAUGGUCCGGUGCAACAUUACGUCCAUGGUGAACAUGUGUCGGCUCGUAAUGCCGGGAAUGGUGGAACGGAGACGCGGAUGCGUCAUCAACAUCGGCAGCGCGUCCUCCGAGAUCCCAUCUCCCCUGUUGACCAUGUACGGGGCCACCAAGGUGCGUACAUAUUAUUAUGUUUGAUCUUAUUUUUUUUUAUUAAUAAUGUUAUAUUUACGCCGUGUCAGCGCGUUCUGUUAUGAACGCAGACACUAUAACUGCAAUUAAACGGUUUUCUUUUUGCGUAUGUGUUCCGUGUAGAAAUUUGUCGAAAAAUUUAGCCGCGAUUUGAACACCGAGUACAGCGGUGGCGGCAAACAGGGUGCCAACAUCACCGUACAGUGCAUCAUGCCCGGGUUCGUGGCCACAAAGAUGAGCAAGAUCGGCCGCACGUCGUGGCUCGUCCCGUCGCCGGACAAGUUCGUCCGGUCCGCCCUGCAGACCACCGGGCUGGAGACGGUCACCACCGGGUACUACCCGCAUACGUUAAUGGUGAGGUUUUAAAGCUCGUGGUGAUUCUCGGGAUGACGGCGCAGAGUUAUCCACAACACUUCUCGCGACCGGAUCUCGAGCGAUCUAAUUACCGUGCCAUACUAACCGAACCGUCCACCCGUUUUUGAUAAUUUCCAGAUACAAGCGAUUGGACUAGCCCAGAGUGUUUCUGAGUCGAUGAUGGCGCGGAUGGUCAUGAACAAUAUGCUGGGCACACGGGCUAGGGCAAUACGCAAACAGGCCAAAGAACAACAACUGAAAUCUAUAGGUGAAGCCACCACCAAUUAAUACCGACAACGACCACAGCGCUUCGCUCACGUCCCGUCGAUUGCAAUGCGUCACCGGUUCGUUAACAAUUAGUUUAAUUUCGUUCUUUUUGCUUAAUUAGUUUAGUAUGGUGUAAACGUUUUUUUGAUUUUUUUCUUUUAAUAAUUCCUUAGUAUACGGUCUGUAAACCAUUCUAGAUCGAAUAUUAUGGUUUAAGAAUAGAUUUAGAAACAAUAAGUAGGCAAUUUUUUCCACGUUUUUUUUUUUUACCGUUCCGAAUUUUCAGUCACAUCGCAAAUCCCUAGUUGCAACCAGACAUAUUGAAUGUUCCCCGGGAAAUCUGCGACGACGAUUAAAAUUUAGGUACACGUACAAGUUUUUUUUUUCUUUUACUUUGGAUAUUAAGGUUAAGUUACGUCAGCUGGUUGCCGUAAUCGAUAAGAAUUGUUACGUUGAUCAUUGUUCUCUAUCGAAAAAAGAUUGUAAUUUAUUUACGUUUUAAAUUCAGUUACUAUAUGUAACUCUGGGUUAACUCAGUCAACGAAGUCUUUAUGCUCAAUCUUUAGUACGGUAUUGGUCAAUAGCGAUUUGUAUAAAAAAAUUAAUAUGUUCGGUUGACUAAUCAUAAAAUAAAAUUUAAACAUAUUCCGUAAAAAAAACAAAAUAUUAAAACUAAAAAAUCCAAAAAAAAAAAUUAAAUUGAAAAUAUAAAAAAAAAAACGAAAGGUUUUAACGGAUUCAUUGUAUCUGUAAGCAAUAUUUGAAAAAGCCAAUAUUCAUUGUAAAAGUACUAUGAGAAAGUUAUGAUAAUUAGAUAAAUAUAGCUGUUGAUAAGGACGUGACUGUAAACAGUUCACCUUUAUCAAAACACAAUUCGUAAGCUUUCUAAAUUAUUAAUUUUAAUAAUAAAUACGGCGAUAAGUAAAGUUCUCCUACAAGUUAAAUUAAUUAGAAAGUUACUAAAACACAUACAGAUUCCCAUCGACAAUUCGUAAAGUAGCUAUAAGUAUAGGCACAGUUGAAUCAUUGUGUUUUUUUUCAAAUAUGUUGCUGUAGAUGUAUAUGUCGUUAUCCUUGUUCAAAAUAAUUAUAAUUAGUUAUAAGUUAUCAUUAUGUUAAUAUAAACAUUAUAAUUUAUUAAGCAAAAGAAAAAUUAAAAAAUAAAAUUGAAAUAUCAAAAAAAAAAAAAAAAAAUUAUAAAUCCAAAAAAAAUAUCACAUGCGAUUUAUAUUUGCUCGAUUUGUAGAAACUAAAAUAAAACAAAUGUUAAUUGUAAGGGCUCAAUUGUUUUUUUUUUUUUAGUUAUAAUUAUUAUAUUUAAAGACUCAUAAUAUUGUUGUUAACGAAAUUGAUUCUCAUAUCCUUAUUAGCAACCGCAAAACACUAAAUUACACAACGACUUUUUAAACCACUCACAGAAUCUAUGUACUGUGGAAUUGUAAUAUCGUGUCGUGUACAAUAAUUAAACUGAACGUAUGUUUAUUUGACCAUA